AUGGAGCCACUGCAUCGCGACGAGAAGACGGGCGGUAUUGCUAUCAAGAUUACCAAAACUGCAGACGGGCUGUAUUCGGGCGCUCCACAGCAAGUCUUUGCCUACAACCUGGACGAGGGCAAGGCUCAGGUGUGGUACGACCUAAGCACCAUCUUUGGAGAACCAUUCCUCGGCCAGCGUGUGGAAGUAACGAGUAAUACUGGCGGGUCCAUUGUGUGGCCGAACGGAACGAGUCCAGGUGGUAGUCAGGUAAAGGUCACGCCGAGUGACGAGAACGUUUGGUUUACGGUCUACGGCACUCCUAGGAAUCGAGGGUCAAGUUAA